GUCUUCGCUCAGUAUUUGCUACAAAAAGGAAAAAACUAUUUAAUGCAUAAAAAAUGCUUAUGAAAAGAAACCCCCCAAAAAAUAAAUAGUCGUUGAAUGUCACGCCUCUACACUACAGAAAAAUAUGACCCCAAGAUUUGUUAAUUUAUUUAUAUUUUCAUUUUUUAGUUAAGGCAAAAUAUUAGUUGUGCGUAGUCUACUUCCAAGUUCCAAAGGUUUGGAGCUUACCAAACUCAAAAUUCACCAACUCCCUUCUGUUUCCGUGCCUAUUUUUUCAGCUAUAUAUAAUCACAAAAAAUAUUUCAAACAAAUGCUUUGAGUGAAAAAGCAAUUCGUCAAUGUCCCAUUAAUUGUAAACAGUUUGUAGCCGCCAAAAUCGUAGCUUUUCUUCAAGAAACCAAAGCUAGCUACCGUUUUUCUCUCCUUCUACAAUGAUGGCCGGCGUCGCGCCAUUAAAGUCACAGGCACGGCCCGCUCUUUCGAGGCCCUCUCUCCGGCCCGCCAUCCAUUCGGGCCCGGUGGGCCUCGCGGCGUCUCGUUCGUUCCCGAAUUCGCAAGUCAAGAAAUGGCGCAGUUUGUCGUCGACGUGCGGCGGGAGAUUGCAGGCGAUUCCGUUGGAGUGGAAAAAUGGGGCGGAGCGGAGGAGGGUCUGCGCUCCGGUGAGGUGCGCGGCGGAGGGGAUAGAAAGGGGGCUGUUUAUGGGGCGGGAGGAGAGCGGAUUCGCGGCGGCGGAGAGGUUCAAGGUGGUGGCGCUGGUGGCGGCGGUGAUGUGCCUGUGCAAUGCAGAUAGAGUGGUGAUGUCUGUCGCCGUCGUGCCUCUCGCCGCCAAAUACGGCUGGUCCACUGCUUUCUUGGGCAUUGUUCAGUCAUCCUUUCUGUGGGGUUACAUGUUUUCCUCGAUUAUUGGAGGAGCAUUGGUCGACAAAUACGGAGGGAAAAAGGUUAUUGCAUGGGGUGCAGCAUUUUGGUCUCUGGCAACUCUCCUCACUCCAUGGGCGGCAAACCACUCGACAAAUAGCCUCUUAGCUGUCAGGGCCUUCUUUGGACUGGCCGAAGGGGUAGCUUUACCUGCAAUGAAUCACCUUCUAUCAAGAUGGUUUCCAAACCACGAACGAGCUACUGCUGUUGGAUUAUCCAUGGGAGGAUUCCAGCUCGGGAAUGUAGUGGGGUUGGUCUUGGCUCCGUUGCUGAUGCAAUCUAUAGGAAUUUCUGGCCCUUUCGUCCUCUUUACUGCCCUCGGGCUCCUCUGGUUGCUUACGUGGAGUUUUAUGGUCACAAACGACCCCCAAGACUGUGGAUCAAUCAGUAAAUCUGAACUGCGGUUAAUCCAAGCAGGGAAAGGCGAUUCCUCUGCCAUCAAGGGCAGCCCUCCACCACUAAGGCUUCUCUUAUCUAAGCUACCAACAUGGGCAAUAAUCUUUGCUAACAUCACAAAUAACUGGGGCUACUUUGUUCUUCUAUCAUGGAUGCCUGUUUAUUUCAAAACCGUGUUCGACGUUAACUUGAAGCAAGCAGCUUGGUUCAGUGCAGUUCCCUGGGGAACAAUGGCGCUCUCAGGCUACAUCGCUGGGGCAGCAUCGGACUACUUAAUCAAAUCGGGUUAUUCCACCACAUCAGCUAGGAAAAUCAUGCAGUCAAUCGGUUUCAUUGGCCCUGGGAUUGCAUUGCUUUGCUUAAACUACGUCCGAACUCCUACAACUGCAGCCGUGUUCUUAACAGCGGCCCUCAGCCUGAGCUCCUUCAGUCAAGCCGGCUUUCUACUCAACAUGCAAGAUAUCGCGCCACAAUGUGCAGGAUUCCUCCAUGGGCUCUCGAAUUCUGCAGGAACACUGGCAGCAAUCAUCAGCACAAUUGGGACAGGAAUCUUUGUGCAGUGGCUAGGUUCAUUUCAGGCAUUCUUAACUCUUACAGCAUGUCUUUAUUUUGCUACAGCCAUAUUCUGGAAUCUCUAUGCUACUGGGGAAAGAGUCUUCUAGAUUAGGACAAGAUCUCUUCCUAUGAUAUGAAUGAGAAAUUAUAGUAUAACACAUAAUAGGGUAAGUAGAUGUACACAUAUGAUAUUCUUAACAAAUGUAUAAUUGUGUGUCUCCAUUUUUGUUUCUAUUGGUUUGUUUUUUCAGAGUUUAAAGACUCAAUGUGUUGUAUAAAACCAUUGCAGAAAUAUAUAUACAUAUAAAUUGCAAGUUGUUCUA